AAAGAAAUACAAAAAGGCGAAUCAUAAAAUACAGGCUUCCUUAAUUGUAGAGAGAGAGAGAAUAGAUAGAGUCACCUUCUUGAAUCACGAGUCCCAUAUUCCCAACCCCCCAAAAAAAACAAAAUCAAGAAUCCCUCAACAUAACCAAAUUAAAAUCACACAACAAAAAAAAAAAACACAGAGAGAGAGAGAGAGAGUUAGAGAGAGAAAUUGAGAUGGGGAAACGAGGACGCAGAAAGAAGAUUGUUUCUAGUGAGGAUGCUGAGUUCUUCAAAGUGUUUCUUCCAGACCUACAUUCUCAACAACUUAUGAUACCGCCAGAUUUCAUCACGUACUUCAGCAGAACAAUACGAGAAAGGGUCAUACUGAAAGACGCGACAGGUGGCAAAAUAUGGCACGUCUCCGUGGAUCAAAAUCGAGACGGAGAAUUUUUCCUCAAGAACGGAUGGCCGAGCUUUGUCAGCCAUCACCGCUUGACCCUCGGUGAAUUCUUGGUUUUCAAGUACGACAAAUGCUAUUCGUUUCUCGUUAAAAUAUACGGUAUUAACGGGUGCAAGAGGGAUGUUUUCGCCGCCAAUCAUGACAUCAUCACCGCACGCGUAAAAGUCGAAGAAGAAAAUUACGCUGAAGAAGAGAUAAACGCCGCAAAGCAGCAGACUAAUUCGGGCAAACGUGCUCGCCCGCCGCGCUACACAGAAACGGAGGUUUCGUUGGAAAAUAGCUCCGAGUGUCCGUUUUUUAUCUCGAAUCUCACUCGUCCAAGCCAAUAUAAUUUGCUUAUCCCGGGACUAUUGUUCAAGAGGCACAAUGUCCAUACCGAGCCGGAAAUGGUGAUGCGUGAUGCAAAGGGGAACGAGUGGGAUGUACAAAUCGGCACCUCAAAGGAUGGACGCGUUUAUAUAGGAAAGGGUUUCUCCCAAUUUCGCGUCGACAAUAAGUUGGUGCCGCCGAAAGAUAGGUGCAAAUUCACUUUCGGGGCUGAAAAUUCGAGCCGGAUUAUCCGUGUGGAGGUUUUACGCCAUGUACCGCCGCGUAAGAAAAGUAGGUGUUGAUUGGAUUUUCGGGCAGAUUUUACGCGAUGGUGUAUCGUAUAUGAAACUAAUGUAAGAGGAAAACCAAAAUAGUAAUUACUAGGGAUGGAACUUGUGCAGAUGGCAUUGGGAUUUGUAUUUUCUGGAAAUUUUCAAAUUUUUCGGAAGCCAAAAAUUAAUUCCGAUUCCGCUCUUAAAAUUUCGAAUAUUGGAAUGUAAAGACUUGUUCUGUAGUCGGAAAAUUUUCAGAUCCAAAAAUAUUUUGGAAGUUAA